UAUCAGUUAGAAAUUUCCUCUUUCUAUAAAUAGAGCACUAAAAAUUACUAAUGGAAACAGCCAUUAACUUAUUAGGAGUAGACACAGAAAGUCAUAAAAUGGACCAAUGAGCACCAUGGACAGUCUAUCAGAACAGCUACGCGGCCUGUCGCGGAGAGUGGCUGAGCUGGAAAAAUCAAAUUCCACAAUUCUGAAGACUUUAAAUGAAAGGGAAAGGUCCCAAAAACCUCUGGACAAAAAAUGGUCAGAUUUUUGUAGAGCUUUAGAUUCCCUGAAAGAGCAGAACAAUGCAAGCGAUCAAGAUUUGAGGUCGUUAAGGGAAAAAUUAUACCGACUGGAUGGCAGAGUGGAGGAAAUUUCUAGAACAGUGCAGGGCUUUAAAGGUGGGCAUAAUUUAAAACAUAAAAAUAGCCAGGAGAAGCAUGUGCCACGGUCCAGCAACGGCCCUAAAAUCACGAUCAGAAAACAAGUGACGGUGGAGGAUGGGAAAAGUGUGAUUUCUAGCAAAGCGCCAUCUAUUGGAAGACCAAGGAAAGUGGAAACUGUAACGAGUAUGGAAGAGCACAUCACAGAAGAACCUACCCCAGAACUCCAAAGUUGUGAAAGUAUAGAAAAACAUACAAGUGGAAUACCCAAACCUCCAGUUAAAGCGGACCGGUUAGGUCUCAGAGGACGCAAGAUUUCGUUUGAUGUAGACAAUCGUGUACGUUUGAUGAGCGGUAGUGGUAUUGAGAAGGGACAGGUCACCACUCAUAUGACUGCCACUCCAAAACAUGACGUCACAUCAUGGACUGAGGACAAAUUCAAUCUUCCUACCAGAGAGGAACUUCAGAAAAAGCAAAAGGGAAGGACUCCUAAGGAGAUUGGAGCAGGAUCCAAGCCAAGUGUACAACGCACGACCGGAUCAAAAAACGAAUAUAAAAACUUGGCCGGAUUCAGUAAAGAUCCAGAUGCGGUUCCCGAUAUCCGAGAAAUGAGCACGUGGAGAAAUAUGGCUGAAGCCGAACGUAUAAGGGGUUUAAUGACGACAAACCUGAAGCGAGGGAAGGGCCCCAACACCUGCCUGUUGCUGGAUAUUUCUGGGAGUAUGGAGGGAGAACCAUUUGAAGAAAUGAUGACUGCAGCCAAGUUUUUUAUUAAAAGUCUUGCUGAAAUCUCUCAAUUGCUUGGAAUAAAUGAGAAUGUUGGCAUUGCAACAUUUGGUGAGCAUACGGCAGUUGUUCAGCACAUGACGAAUGACUACAACAGAGUACUGGAAGCAUUAGAUUUACUGACCCCGGAUGGGCCUUCACCAAUGUCGGCUGGUCUGUACAUGGCUCUAGCAUGCUGCUUAGGACUCGACAAUAAUACGACAAUCGCUGAUGUCCCCGUCCCUUCCCGAAUAAUACUGAUCAGCGACGGCAAAGGAACCCCCGACAUGAUAGCUUCCGGAGAAGACGACUUUUCAAUCAAGUUGGAAACGACUGUCAUGAAACAUCUUUGGCUGAAUGAGGUAACGUCCGAUUUGGAAAGACGAAAACUCAGGGUGUAUUGCGUAUCUCUGAGACAAUCGGACACCGAUAUGAUGGAGCAAAUAUGCAAGAACACUCACGGGAAAAUGUAUAAAUCGACUGAAAUGGACAAGUUAAUUCGCAUGACCCAGAACACGGUACAAGCUAUCAACAUGAUAGACAAGGGAAUUGAUUUUGAAAGCGAUGAUCUGUCUUGGAUGAAGAUGUUGGGUUUGGAUUUAGAUACCAAUCCGAUGCUCUCUGGACUGGGCCAGCAAGUCGGACGCGACUUCGAUGAGGUCAUUCAUCUGGGGAAGUAUUUCAGCAGCAUCAAUACAUCUUCGAACAGUCAUCGUGAGUUGAAAGAGACGGAGUUACCUCCACUUGGAGUUAGGGUCAGGAGGGGGCCGGACUGGAAAUGGGGAGAUCAAGAUAAGCAUGGUCCUGGGACUGUCGUUGGACAUGAUGGAGAGAAGUGUGUUUGGGUAGAGUGGGACUGCGGGCACAAGAACAGCUACAGGUAUGAUGCACACACAGGAUACGACAUUCUAGUGGUGGACGAACCACGGGUAUUAAAGGGGGAACUGAUCGCCGUAGGAUGUCUGGUGGAACGAGGAGGAAAUUGGCGGCAUGGAGAUCAAGAUGGAGGCAUAGGAAAUAUUGGAGUUGUCAUAAACGUCAAUGAAAAUGGAACAGUUGUAGUUAGAUGGUCGAACCUGGAAAAAAAAGAAUACAAAUUUGGAUGUGAUGGGUUCUUCGAAGUAAAGCUAUGUGACUCUACCAAGACGCAUGUUUGGGGAUCCGGAAGUGCAUUGGGAGGAGCAGAAGCAAUGCCGUCUGAAGUUGCCUCUACUUCCGCAUCUCCAGAUUCUUUAAAAUCUACUCCAUUGUCAGAUGAUCCAAAAUCAAAGGAAAUCCUUAUUCAACAUGAAAACAAAGAUGAACACAGAGAUGUCAAGAAAGUAAUGACAGUUGAAGAGCUUAAUAGGAGGAACAAUCAGCCUGGUAGACCCAAAAGAACAACGAAAACAAAUGAAGCUGUUAAAAUGGAGGAACCAUUGACAUCAACCAGACAAAAGAAGUCGUUUGCCUCCGGCGUUCAGUGGACAUACAAAAUGGAUGGAUCGUGGUGCAAGUUCCCGGAAAAUGUUAACGUGAAAAUGGAAAAGGCCUACGGCCGAAAUAAGAAGGGUUCAAUAAUAGUUGAAUUGGAAGGACAUGUAUGGCAGGCUUCCUUUUCGGAUAUGAAGAUGAAACGUGAGAAACCUCUCACAACAAUAGAGAUUCAACGGAAUGCACUGGAAAUUUCUGAUAGAAUGCCGGAGGCACAGGUAUUGUCCAAUAUACAUGUAAUGGAAAUCCACGGUGCUGUAUUUGAAGAGCUGCGGAGUUUGGCGGGGAAGCUUUCGGAAUUGGAAACGAGCAAUUCUGUCAUUCUGAAAACUCUGAACGAAAGGGAUCGGUCCAGUGACCAAACAAUCAAGCCGUCUCAAGAUUUGAACGGGACGUUAAAUUUUCUGACUGAAAAAAUCAGAAAGAGUGACAAAGAGUGGCAAAUAUUGAAAGAAUGCAUAUCAAGAUUGGAUGGUCGAGUAGACGAGCUUUCCAGUACAAUUCUAAAAUUAGCACAAGUCAACAAUCUCCCUCUACAAAGGACAUCUACAAAACCAACUGGAAAUGUAUCUUCAACACCAAACAGUCAUAGUUCAAGGAAACACGAGAGUCAGCCAACAUUAUCAGAAAAAUAUGCAUUGACUUCCUCUGGGUCUGUGAUAGAUGCCACUUCCAGUGCAAGCACGAGUUUGAAGGAUCAGACACGAACAGGAAAAGACCGAAAUGACUCCAUGUGGGAAACUCAAUUCAGAACAAAAACUGAGAGCGCGUCCAACAUUACACCAUGGCAACAAAGAAGAGAACAAAAACAACCCUUAAAAUCAAACAAUUAUGGUCUUAGAGGCAGGACAGUUUGUACUGAUGUCGAUAAUCGUGUACGCUUGAUAAAGGGCGAAAAUAUAGAAAAGGGUCAGCAGCUGUCCAAAACAGGCGCAGAAUAUUCCUUUCCCGUGGAAGAGACCGUCAAACAUAAUCUGCCAACGAAAGAAGAGUUGAACUUAAAAUCGCAAACAGGAGAGGAAAGACCGGAUUCAAAACAAACGAUACAUCGUCCAGUGGAAGUAAAGAAUGAGAACAAAGAGCUUGCGGGUCAUAGCAAGAAUCCAGAGACAGUCCCUGGGUUAGUCCCUAACGUAACAGAUUUAAGAACAUGGAAAGCUUUAGCUGAAUUGGAACGAAAAAGGGGACUAGCGGCGCAAUCAGCGAAGACAGGAAAAGGGCCAAACACUUGUUUGCUGCUGGAUAUUUCGGGGAGUAUGGAGGGCGAAGCCUUUAAUGAGAUGAUGGCCGCUGUUAGGACAUUUAUUGAUGGUAUAGCAGCAGUAGCAGCAGCUCUUGGUAUUGAAGAGAAUAUUGGAAUCGCCACUUUUGGGAAUCAGACUAGAGUAAUUCAUCACAUGACAAAUGAAUAUGACAAAGUGCUAAAGGCCAUUGACUUGCUGGUACCCUCGGGUUCCUCUUCAAUGGCAGCUGGUUUGUACAUGGCUCUGGCGUGUUGUCUAGGUUACGAGGGAAGCACCUCGAUAAAGAAUGUUACGAUAAAAACCAGAGUGAUCGUAUUCUGUGAUGGUAGAGCUAACAUGGAGACUUCCGAAGAAGACUGCUACUCGGAAUCUAAUCGCCUGAGCCGUAUGUGGUUAAAUGAAGCUGCUGAGGAUUUCAAGAUACGUAAUCUUCGAAUUUACCCGGUGUCUGUGAGCAACACGAAACCGGAGUUCCUGGAAGAUGUUUGCCAGAAAACACAUGGGAAGAUGUACAAAUCUUCUGAAAUUCAUAAACUCAUCAGGAUGACUCAGAAUAUAGUACAAACCAUCAGAAUGAUUGAAAAUGGAAUAGAUUUUGAAGAAAUGGACCUCACUUUGUUUAGAGACAAUCCACUUUUGAGUGAUUUUGACUCUGCAGACAACUGGGAGGACAUUGUUCAUCUGGGAAAAUUCCUUAGUAAAACCGAACCUGCAAUGAAUGUUCAUAUGGAAUACAAAGACAGCAAUUUACCCCCACUUGGCACCAGGGUUAGAAGAGGACCAGACUGGAUAUGGGGCGAUCAGGACGAAGAAGGCCCGGGUACAGUGGUAGGGCAUGACGGGAUGACAUCUGUAUGGGUGGUAUGGGACUGUGGACACAGGAAUACCUACAGGUGUAGUCCCUUAAUUGGCUACGAUGUUCUUGUGGUGGACGAGCUGCGGAUCUUGAAGGGAGAAAUGAUUGCUGUGGGAUGUCUGAUGGAACGAGGUGAAAACUGGAAGUAUGAAAACCAGGAUGGCGGGCUUGGAAACAUUGGGGUGGUGAUCAGAUGUGAUGCAAAUGGAUCAGUUGUCGUUAGGUGGCCAAACAUGAGUAAGUGUCGAUACAAAUAUGGAUGCGAUGGAUUGUUCGAAGUAAAAUUAUGUGAUCCCAAGAAAACACAUGGAAAUGUCAGUUACCCGAAGACUUAUGUUUGGGGAUCCAGAGAUUCUCUAGGAGGAGCGGAUCCAUCAGUGUCUGAAAACGUCAGUGCGCUUAGUACCUCCGAUCGCCCGUCAAAUCCAAGUACUCAGGACAAAGGUGCCAACAAUCAAAGACCCAGUGAUAAAAUGCUUACGGAUAAGUCAGGGGAAUCUCCAUCAGUUGUAGAACUAAACAAAAGAAAUAAUCGCAUGCAAAAGGCAGACUCAGGUGCUGGUAUUAGCAUUAUAUGGCAGUACAAGAAGGACGAUAUAUGGUGUGAUUUACCGAAGGACAUAAAUUUGAAAACUGAGAAAGCAUAUGGUAGAAAUAGACAUGGAUCCACACUAAUGGAACUGGAUGGACAUAUAUGGAGGGCGUCAUUUACGGAGAUGAAGAUGGAAUGUCAGAAGACACACACAGUAACAGCGAUUAUACGGAAAGAUAUAUCCAAGUAAGACAGGAUCGGCGAUGGAAAACAAGGAGGUUGUGAUUAUCGUAGCUGACAUUCACUUGAAUUCCUCACAUGGACCGAACUUAACCAUGAUCAGAGACUGUGAUAUUUACAGACGAAAAACAUUUACAAUGAAUAGUUCUAUAUCUGUAAUCAACGCAUCUUAUGUUUAUACCCAUUGCCUACUUUUUUAAUCUUACAACACACACGAUAUACUAAUAAUGAUAAGUAUGUAAUGUACAUUCUAAUGAAUUUUGGAAUGAUA